CUUGCUGCGGCUUUGGCUAAUCGGGAUCGAUUAUUAGAGUACGAUGCGACAUCAGCCCGACGAACCCGUGUUCUGGAUGAUGAGAUGGAUUAUUUCGUGUCCGAGGGUGCUGGCGGAGCUCAAGUCUGGCUCAGCCCGGAAGCACGAGAGCGAGUACAAAAACGUGUCAAAGAACUGCGCGCUCAACGCCACGCAUCCCGACUAGAGGCGAUGCGGUUUUGUUUGGAUUUCGCCGGACGAGAACUUGUUCUCGAGGAUGACCGUGACGAAGCUGCACGCCAGUUGUACAAUCCAAAUCAGUCAGAAAUGGAUCAACUAGAGACAGCCACACGAUCCGCGACGCAUCACUCUUCAACCAGUGCAGAACGAAACCCGAAAGACGUGGAUAGCCUCACUGAUCCCACAUUGGGGAUAUCAGCGCUGAAGUUUGUCAAUACCGAUCGGGUAACACCGGAGUCGAAUGGUCUGGAGCAGAAUGCACUUGUUUGCGCCCUCCGUCAGCCACUGGGAGAACUGAGGUUACAAGAUGACGGAUCGCGACAGCUAACAGAUGAAGGAUACUGUCUGAGCAUGCACCAACCUUGGGCCUCGUUUUUAAUCCGUGGAAUCAAAAAGGAUGAGGGACGCGUUUGGUAUUCAGCUCAUAGGGGCCCCUUAUGGAUUGCUUCUACCGUCAAAGUCCCGGAUCCAGACGAUAUUGACGUCAUGGAAAAAGCUCAUAUUGCCAGCGGGGGAUCGAAAACCGAUCUGCCCACAUCUUAUCCUACUGGAUGCUUGCUAGGUCGAGUGAACGUGUUUCCUGAUGGUCCCAGCACAUCCCCGUUUGUGUUUAUUUGUGACGAUCCUCGGGAGGUGUUGGUUAAGUUUCCGGUAUCCGGGAAACACAAAAUAUACAAACUGGAUCCGUAUCUGCGCAAAGCUGCCUCAAAAAACCUGGCCUGA